UACUAUCCUCCAAUUUCUCUCGUAGUCUCGACUUAUCUCGAAAGAUACAACAAUGUCUCUUGCUCCACCCUUUACCGAAGAGACAGCUCACGUGAAAGUCAAGAAGGCACAGGACCUCUGGAAUACCCAGGACCCAACGACCGUCGCCAAGGCGUAUACUCCCGACAGUAUUUGGAGAAACCGACAUUUCUUCCUCACCGGCACCGCUGCCAUUGAGGACUUCUUGAGCAAGAAGUGGCAGAAGGAGAAGAACUACCGCCUUCGGAAAGAGUUAUUCGCAUUCACCGACAACAAGAUCGCCGUCCAGUUUUGGUACGAGUACCAGGAUGCGCACGACGGUAUGAAGUGGAAGAGAUGCUAUGGUCUCGAGGAUUGGACGUUUGCGGAAGAUGGCAGGAUGCGCAAGAGGCAGAUGAGCGGCAACGAUGUCGAGAUCAGCGAGUCUGAUCGUUGGUUUAAGGAGGGCGUCGAUGUGAACACGGUCGAGAUCAGUGAGACGCACUGGUAAAUGCACUGAAAUUGCUGGGUCUGAGUAGGAGGAGUGUCAUUCGAACGCUGAAGGGAAGCUUGCGUGGAUCUUCAUGCCGGCGGGGUAUCAUGUAUUACCACAAGAAUGAACUUGGG